AUGGCUUCGUUCCACGGAUUCUCCGACUUGCCGUACGAACUUCGGCUCCAAAUCUGGGAACAUAGCAUCCGACCGUUAGCAGAGGGCUACUCUGGCAUCCACUAUCUCUCAAUUUCCACGUACAAAAAGAUGUCCAUACCAGGCAUCAACAAAACAGGUCGGGAGCCAGUCAACCGAUCUGCCAGUAUGUGGGAUGUUGGUCUGUGGACAGCAUGCUGGGAAUCUCGUCAGGUAAUCAUGCGCCACUGGAAUAUGGAAAAGAUGUUGGAAAGGAGACGCAUGCUUCAUGAUGCUCAUCAGCCAUCCUCGCUGCUUAGGUCAUGGCCGGACAGGAAAGAGCUUUGCACUACGAUGAACAAGCCAGCUCUAUACACAGAGACCGACCGAAGAGACCUGCAACUCAUGAUUCGCCCAUUCCAAGACGCCUUCUACUUUGACCCGGAAACCCUCUACAAAGCGGCCAGUAUCUCGAUGCACCAUAUAUUCAUUAAUAGCCAUGUGCCAUUCUUUGAACGCAUUGAUGGUAGUUAUGAGUCUGAGCAAAACUUCAUAUUUGAGUUUGACCCCAACUGGCUCAAUGACAAGUGCCAAACCAAAGACCUGUACCUGGAAGAGUCUCCACGUGGAUUCAUCGCAAGAUUGCUGCGGAUCAUUGCAGAUGAUGGGCUCGAUAAUUGCCACAUUUGGCUGAUUGACCGCAGCAUCUGUCAAUCCAGUGUUGGCAAGGAACCCGACGACGACGACAUUGGUGGCUUCUGGAAAAAACAAAGAUCUCAUCGAGUAUUCUAUACCUGCGAUGAAGAGUUUGUGGAUGUUGGAAUGGGCGGAUACCGACGAUUUGAUUCACCUUGGGCGGGAGACAGCGAGUACGGGUCGUGGCGGGGAGACGGCUUCGACAAGUGUGAUGAAAAGCAACUUCGCGCCGCACUUGCGAGGGAAGAGAAUGGAUUCGCCGGCUGCUUCGUACGGAUGCUCUCACAAGAGAAUGACUACUUGACUGAAGUGAGGAAUUAUGAUCCAGACAUGAUGAAAUUUGAUCCACACAUGUUCGAGCGUCAGUGUGAACUUCGGCCUUUUGAAGUGGAAAAGCACCUGCAUGUUCUCGGCUAUAAUAGGUAG